UUAAAGGAAAUGUCCAUAUUUUCUAGCAUAUUGCUUGAAUUUUUCUCGUGCCCUGGAAAAGAGGCACCAUCUGAAGGCGGGUCUGAGGCGUGCCAGGGGCAGUCUCCUCCCUUGGCCUCUCUCCUUCCUCAUUCCUCUCAGUGAGGCCUUUUCUCACUGACUGCAGCUGGAUCCACACCCGGGCUGCAGAUUCUCUGUGCCUCCAUGCCCUCUGCAUUCCUGGCUGCCUGCUCUGGCCCCUGAGAGAACUGCCACCUUCUGCAACCUCCAGUGUCAGGAAGAGGAAAGAGGCCGCCAAGCUUCCAGAGCACUUCCUCUUGGCCCAGGAAUAAUGAUGGCUGCCAUACCAGAAGAAGGCUCUUGCAUCAACUUCAAGGAAAUAAUGUUUAUUGACAACACACUUUACUUUAUACCUGAAGAUAAUGGAGACCUGGAAUCAGACAGCUUUGGCAGACUUAGCUCUACAGCCACGGUGAUACAAAACAUAAAUGAGCAAGUUCUCUUCGUUGACAGAGGAAAACAGCCAGUGUUUGAGGACAUGACUGAUGCGGAACAAGAGGCUAAUGGACCCCAGACCAGACUAAUAAUAUAUAUGUAUAAGGAUACUGAAGCAAGGGGGCUGGCUGUGACCCUCUCUGUGAAGGAUACAACAAUGGCUACCCUGUCCUGUAAGAACAAAAUCAUUUCCUUUGAGGAAAUAAAUCCACCUGAAAAUAUUGAUGAUACAGAAAGUGAUCUCAUAUUCUUUCAAAAACGUGUUCCAGGACACAAUAAGAUGCAAUUUGAAUCUUCACUGUACAAAGGGCACUUUCUAGCUUGCCAAAAGGAGAAAGAUGCUUUCAAACUCAUCUUGAAAAAAAAGGAUGAAAAUGGGGAUAAAUCUGUAAUGUUCACUGUUACACCCUUACAUCAAUGUUAGGCAUUAAGGUUUUUGUGUUCCAGAAAGAUGAUUAGAAGGCAUGAGCCUUAGUGGGGGUGCAUAAUUUAUAAAGCAAGCAAGUUUA